UUAUACCGUAUUAUCUGACAGCAAACAAAAUGGCGGUUAGUUAUAGCCGAUAUGCAUGGAAGAAGAUUUGAUGUAUAUACACGCAAAUUUGAAUCAUGUUCUGGAAGUUUCACUUGGAUGCCUCUGGUCUGGAGACAUUAUUAGCCAAGCAGGAUGUUACUUUAAAAGAAGUGCUAGAUGAAGAAGAUAUACUGCAGGAAUGCAAAACACAAAAUGGAAAAUUGAUCGAUUUUUUAACUAGAGAUGAAAUAUUAAAGGAGUUGCUGCAUUUGAUUGUGGAUACACCUACUGAAGACGUGGAAGAAGCAGUUAAAUAUAAGUAUAUGAAUUUAGCUUGCGAAGUGAUAACAUUAGACAUUUAUAAAAUAUUAGAUAAAAUAGCUAAUGAAACAGAAUACCUUGAUAUAAUUUGGUCAUACAUUGAUAACUCUCCUCCCCUUAAUCCUCUAAUAACCAGUUUCUUCUCUAAAGUUAUAUCAAUGUUAAUCUGCCGAAAGGGUCAAGAGACAUUCGAUUACUUAAAAUCUCAUGAUGCUGUAAAUAAGUUAAUUGUACAUAUUGAAAUAUCUGCUAUAAUGGAAUUAUUUAUUAAAAUGGUCACCGUUGUAGAAUCACAAGAAAUAAGAAUAGAAAUAGCCAAGUGGUUGGAUGAUGAGCAGUUGAUUGGUAAACUGAUACAGUUGCUACAUCCCUCUGAAAAAGAGGAGAAACACUAUAAUUCAUCACAACUGCUAAGUGAACUUGUUCGGAUUGGCAGGGACAGUAUCUCGCAAUAUACAGAAUCAGAAGAUGAUCCUCUUCUAGUAACACUUGAAAGGAAAGACACUAUGGAAAAAUUGUUAUCUACGAUAUUCCAGUCACCUGGCGAGUUAAAUUCGGACUCCUCUGUCGUGCAUGGAAUUUGUUUGCUAGCUUCCAUGUUAGAGAUUAGAAGGCCUGCACUUGAAGGGAUGGAAGAAUUGAUCACUCCUAUGGAUGUGGAACGAAUUGCACGUGGAGUUGAAGCAACCUUAGACGUAUUGUCUGGAAGGCUGCCAGAUUUUCAUAAUAUGCUAAUUCGGCCACAUGCAAACAGUCCUAUGGAAACAACGUAUGGUACUUUAGAUCCCCCACUUGGGAAAGUUCGACUAUAUGUGGCAGCUCUUAUUGCCACUGCAGUGAGCGCUAACACCAAAACAAUCAAUUCCGCUAUAGCAGAGACAGGAACUAUAGGCGUCUUACUAGACCUGUUUUCGCGUUACGAGUGGAACAACUUUCUGCAUAGCCAUGUACUUCAGUGCAUUGCUGCAAUUCUAUGUAGUGAAAUUAACUGUGAAGAUGAUAAAGACUAUGUUGAUCCACUUCUAAAAUAUUUGUUUAAUGAGUGCAAUGUCAUUCAAAGAUGCUUGACUCUCUGGGAAGGAAAUGAAAUAGCAGAGAAAGCUGGACACCAUCGCAAAGGUUACAUGGGCCAUCUUACAAAAAUAAUUAAUGAAAUCAUAAAUGCAAAAGAGAGAGGACCGAAUAAUGAAGUAAUAAAAACAAUGUACAAUGAUUUAGCAGAAGAUACAAGAGAACAAUGGAAUGAACUGGUUACAGGUUCCUUAGAAGAAACAAAUAAAAAGAAUCUCUGCUCACCUGUGAAUUCAUUUUCUCAUGGUUUCGAAACUGAUUCUGAUAGCGAAGACUACCGACCAAUCAAUAUAUCACAAUACGAAGGCACACUACAGCAGGCUUUCGAAAAUUAUCAAGUGCAACCGAUGACGAAUGAGUUUAUUGAAACAUUUGGAUAUGAUGAAGAGAGUGUCCAACACAAUGAAAACGAAAAAACUCCAUUCGAUGAGGUUGGUAAUAUUGAUUUCUCAAUAAAUGCUAAUGAAGAAUCGGAAAAUGAGAAAUUAUUUGAAAGCAUAUGUGAGCAGAAGAUACAACCAUUUGAAGAUAGUGAUGACAGCGAAGAAGAGGAUAUCUGGGAAGAAAAGCAACUCUCCUUUGCAUCUCCUGCCAAACCACGACAGAGUAAAAAUGCAAUUAGUAGCGAAAGUGAUUCAAGCAGUGAUGAUGAAAAGUCACCGAAGGAGGAAGAUUCAAAUAGCCAUGAUGCUUUGCCAGUUACGAAGGAUCAAGAUGAUAAAAUGGAAAUUGACUCAGAAUGGACGGCCAAUUUUGACAAUGUUGUGAUGGAUGUGCAGCCGAACACUUCGGAUUGGGCAGUAAUAGCAACAAGCACUCCAGCCUCACAGUCGUCAUCUAGUGAAAAUUUUGCUGAUUUUUCUGACAUUACGAAGUUCGAUAUAUCUGAUACCACUUCAGUGAGUUCCCCCAUGGCAGUAGACGUUGAAGCCAUGCCCAAAACGAAUCCAGGCUCUGUUUAUGAAGUAAAAAUGGAAGAAGACAAUCCGAGUCAACCAACAGAAAAAGAGAGCGCUACGCCUGCACAAGAUGUCCCAACGGUAAAUGAAACUAUCGUUCCAGAGAAAAGCGAUUUGUCGUUAAAGUCACAAAAACCAGACCUUAAAAUAAGUGUGCCAUCAGAUGCAUCAAACUCAACUCUCGACGAGAAAGUGGAACCUCAACGUGGUUCAAACUUGACUACCAUAACAGUAAAAUCUAUCCGAUCUCCCACGAAACCGAGCGUAACAACGAUAAAGAUUGCAGAGAAGGUGGACACUGCGAGCAAAAAAGCAACCGAAAACUCUACUGAGAAUUUUAAUAGUCACGAAAAAACCUCGCCUGAGAAACUCGAUCAGCCAGAUGUGCAAUCCAGUGAUAUUGUGAUAAACGAAAAACUCGAAGAAAAUAAAUUAAAUAUUGCUGCCAAUGUAAGCGACCCGAAAAACGCGUCGAGCGUCUUAACAAACGGACCGACUAGUAGCGGUGAAGAAGUUCGCCACGGCGAUCCAAUGACAUAAGUAAAUCUCCUUAAUCCGAUGACCUUCACAGCCACGGCUAAUAAAUGAUGAAUCGAGUGCGUUAAUGGGGUUUCGAAAGUUUCUGCAAAGCAACUCGAUGAAUGCAUCCGUAUCUAGUUUCAAUGCAGCAAAUCCACGUUUACGGUGACGUUAAAAACUAACCUGGUGAAAAACAGUUAGAGCACUCCUUUGACCUUUUUUUGUUUUGUUUCUUCACACUUUGAUUGGAUUUUUACCGAUGUUCAUUUUCGAUUUAUCUUCGUGUUACAGUCUCUGCAACAUUAACUAAUUUGAUUUCAUUGUAUUUUGUAAUUGAUUAAACGGCUAAUGUUUUACGUGAUGUUCUUACUAAAAGUGAAACGAGAAAUUAUAUUCUUUUUACGUGUUA